UUCAGGUUGGUUUACUGAUCCACAAAAAGGCUAUAAAGAUGAAGAAAAAACGCUUCUAUGAUUUGAAGCAUCCAUUUGAUCCAUGCCCUUUCGAGAUCUUUAGCUCGGGUACAUGGAAGGCUGUGGAAUAUCUAAGGAUCGAAGAUGGAAAGAUGACAAUACGUUUGGUAGAGAACGUUUAUGUGUUGGAAGAUAUCCGUCCAUUCCAAAGGCUUCGUCUCAGAUCAAGAAAAGCCACUUUGAGCGACUGUACUUGUUUCCUCCGGCCUGGUAUCGAUGUUUGUGUUCUCUAUCCUCUCUAUGAAGAUGACCCGGAACCGGUUUGGGUCGACGCAAGGAUUGCUUCUAUAGAGAGGAAGCCUCAUGACUCUGAAUGCUCUUGCAAGAUCUAUGUCAGAAUCUAUAUAGACCAAGGCUGCAUUGGUUCGGAGAGACAAAGAAUCAACAGAGACUCUGUGCUCAUCGGUCUAAACCAAAUCUCUAUUCUUCAAAGGUUUUUCAAGGAACAGAGUUCUGACCAGUUCUACAGAUGGAAGUUCGCCGAGGACUGUACAUCACUGAUGAAAACGAGACUGUCGUUGGGAAAGUUCUUGCCGGAUCUUUCGUGGCUGGUCGUUACGUCGGUUAUGAAAAACAUUGUGUUUCACAUAAGAACAGUGCAGAACAAGAUGGUUUAUCAGAUUGUAACAGAUGAUGAAGAAGGCUCUAGCAGCUCUUUGACUGCGAUGAAUAUCAAAGUGGAAGACGGUGUUUCGUUAUCAAAAGUGGUUCAUUUCAAUCCAGCGGAUAUUAUAAUAGUCGAGGAUUCUUCUCAAGUUCUUGAAUUAAAGCAAGAAACCGAUUUCUACCAGGAAGAAGAUGAGGUAGUGGAACUGCGUCGGUCCAAGAGAAGAAACGUGAUACCGGAUAGAUAUUACGGAUGUGAUUAUGAACCGGAUACCAAUGCCGGUUGGGUGCGGACGAUGCCGUACCGGUAUGGUACUAAAUGGGCUCUCGUUAGUAUGGAGGAGAGUGAGGAAGACGAAGAAGGUGGUUGCGAUGAGGAUGGUGAUAAUACUGAUGAUGAUUUGUAUGUACCUUUAUCGCAUUUGAUCAAGAGGAAAAGAAGUAAUCCUCGAGAAGUGAGGCCGGGAAGUAGACAAGGAGAGAUUGUUCUGGUGGAGAAAAACAGAGGAGGUAGGUUUGGUAAAAAACAGAGGAAAACAGAUCUUUCGAUUAUUCCUUUCACUCCGGUGUCUGAGCCUAUACCGUUGGAACAGUUUGGUCUUAACGCUAACUGUUUGGGCGGGAGUGGCGGUUCCUCAAGAAGCCAUUACUUUGAUGAGAUUGACAAGUAUCGAAGUAAGCCCGUGAAAUACGGGAAGAAGAGGACGGAAAUGGAAGAGAUGAUGGAAUCUGAUCUAUGUUGGAAUGGUCCUAACCACGUGAAGACAGUUCAAAAAAGAAUAUCCCGAUCAUCAUCAUCAUCAUUGCGGUCCGGUGCUCAGAAAACAGAGGAUUCAGAGCAGCCACGGGUUUAUAAGAAAGUAACAUUGAGCGCAGGUGCAUAUAACAAGCUGAUAGAUACGUACAUGAACAAUAUUGAUUCAACAAUUGCAGCCAAGGACGAGUCUACCAAUGUUGUUGACCAGUGGGAGGAGUUAAAGAAGACGAACUUCGCAGCUAAACCGCACGGGGAGAUGGAAGAAACCUCGAGUGAGGAUGAUGAUGAUGAUGAUGAUGAUGAGGGAGAGACUUCAGAGAACCAAGUGUUAUGGAGAGAAAUGGAACUCUCUUUGGCUUCUACUUACAUUCUAGACGACAACGAGGCAAGAGUGGACAACGAGGCUUUCCAAAAAGCAAAAGGUGGCUGUGUACAUGAUUAUUUACUGAACGAAGAAAUCGGGCUAUGUUGUAGGUUAUGUGGUCAUGUAGGAACUGAGAUAAGAUAUGUUUCAGCACCUUUUGCGGAACAUAAGAAAUGGACUACAGAGACUAGGCAAAUCGAAGAAGAUGACUUGAAGACUAAAAUGAGCCACAACAAAGAAGCUGAAAGCCAAGAUUUCACUAUGUCAAGUGAUUCUUCGGAGAUACUUGCAGCUGAAGAAAGCGACAACGUUUGGGCAUUAAUACCUCAGCUUAAGAGAAAACUACAUACACAUCAACAACGAGCUUUCGAGUUUCUCUGGAGAAAUCUAGCAGGAUCUGUGGAACCACCGCUAAUGGAUCCCACUUCAGAUAACGUAGGAGGUUGUGUGAUCUCUCAUUCUCCUGGAGCUGGUAAAACUUUCCUAAUGAUUGCUUUCCUCACAAGCUACUUGAAGCUAUUCCCCGGGAAAAGACCUUUGAUUCUUGCUCCAAAGACAACUCUCUAUACUUGGUACAAGGAGUUCAUCAAAUGGGAGAUCCCGUUUCCGGUUCAUUUGAUCCAUGGACGAAGAACCUACUGUGUAUUCAAGCAGAACAGCACGGUUCAGUUCAAGGGAGUUCCAAAACCGAGCCAAGAUGUUAUGCAUGUUCUUGACUGCUUAGAGAAAAUACAGAAAUGGCACGCGCAUCCUAGCGUUCUUGUAAUGGGUUACACCUCGUUUCUGACUUUGAUGAGGGAAGACUCGAAGUUUGCUCACCGGAAGUACAUGGCUAAAGUUCUAAGAGAGAGUCCUGGUCUUCUUGUUCUUGAUGAAGGACAUAACCCGAGGAGUACCAAAUCGAGAUUACGCAAGGCCCUGAUGAAAGUUGGUACCGAUUUAAGAGUACUUCUCUCGGGUACUUUGUUCCAGAACAAUUUCUGCGAGUACUUCAACACGCUGUGUUUAGCUAGACCCAAGUUUGUUCAUGAGGUUCUAAUGGAGUUAGAUCAGAAAUUCAAGGCCAACCAAGGCGUGAAUAAGGCGCCUCACAGGCUCGAGAACAGAGCUCGUAAAUUCUUUCUCGACAAUAUUGCCAAAAAGAUUGAUGCGGGUGUAGGAGAAGAACGACUUCAGGGUCUCAAUAUGUUGAAGAAUAUGACUAAUAGUUUCAUUGAUAACUAUGAAGGAAGUGGAAGUGGAACUAGCGAUGCUCUUCCCGGUUUACAGAUCUAUACGUUGCUGAUGAACUCAACGGAUAUACAGCAUAACAUACUCACAAAACUUCAGAACGUAAUGGAGACUUAUCAUGGCUUUCCACUCGAGCUUGAGCUUCUGGUCACCUUGGCAGCUAUACAUCCUUGGUUGGUCAAGACCUCAACCUGUUGCGCAAAGUUCUUCAACCCGCAAGAACUUGUGGAGAUCGAAAAGCUCAAGCACGACGCCAAAAAAGGAUCUAAAGUCAUGUUUGUGCUAAACAUGGUGUUCCGAGUGGUCAAAAGGGAGAAAAUCUUGAUCUUCUGUCACAACAUUGCGCCAAUCCGUCUGUUUAUCGAGCUGUUUGAGAACGUUUUUAGAUGGCAGAGAGGCAAAGAGAUUUUGACCUUAACCGGAGAUCUCGAGCUGUUCGAGAGAGGCAGAGUGAUAGACAAGUUUGAAGAUCCAGGAAACCCAUCCAGAGUCUUGCUAGCCUCGAUCACAGCUUGUGCAGAAGGGAUUAGUCUAACAGCGGCUUCACGAGUCAUCAUGCUCGACUCGGAAUGGAACCCUUCAAAGACAAAGCAAGCAAUAGCUCGUGCGUUCAGACCGGGACAGCAGAAGAUUGUUUAUGUUUAUCAGCUCUUGUCUAGAGGAACAUUGGAGGAAGACAAGUACAAGAGGACGACUUGGAAAGAAUGGGUUUCGAGUAUGAUAUUCAGUGAGGAGUUUGUUGAAGAUCCGUCUCUAUGGCAAGCUGAGAAGAUUGAAGACGAUGUUCUUAGAGAGAUCGUGGGGGAAGAUAGAGUUAAAUCCUUCCAUAUGAUCAUGAAGAAUGAGAAAGCUUCAACAGGGUGAUGGAUUUUCUGCUACAGAAAAA